UCAAAUUGCAAAUGCUCCCUCUCAAUCCCUUUCAAGGGAUUGGAACCUAGUAGAGCACAGCUGAAGGAAAAAGGGUGGAGUAGCUAGCGGCCUCCCAAAGACCGUGCCCGUGGUUUUGCUAUGCUAGUGACAAGAAGUUGCAUGAAUGAUUGGAGCGAAGGAUGGUCCUGUCAGUAUGAGUAAGCGCUGCAGUUGACACAAAUUUUACACCACUCAGGCCGGAGGUCUGAAUCGCUCGGUUUAAUCUUUGAUGCAUACAGGGAUGCUGAAGGCCAGUGCUGCUGAUCUGGACCCUCGUGGAGCCUUGAACUCAGGCCGAGGAGUAUGCAUGAUGAGCACCUCGUGGAGAGACAAGCAGCACCCCAACCUCAUCAACUUCAUGGCCACAUUCCUCGCUGCAAACUCGUACCGCCUCAACUUCCUGUCAGUUUCUCCGGACUUCAUCUUCAACAAUGGGGGCACAUCUGUUGCUUUUGUCUUUGAGACGAAUUGGGAUUCUGAAAAGGAACCUGCUGUCUUCAGCAGGGUGAAUACACUGAAGAGGCAGUUCAAACAUCUUUAUGUUGUUGUUGUCCUUCCCACAGGAGAACAAAUUGAAUCAUUUAACCAAUCAUAUUUCAAGUACGGCAUGGUGCUUGGCUGUCCUACAUUUGUGCCUGUUUGUGAUCCAGAGAUGGGAUUUGAGAAGAUUGUAAAGAUAGCUCAUGCUCGUGGAGUAUGCAAACAGCAAGACAUUAUCACAACUAUGAGGAAUGAGCGGGCGCAAGCUGUUCAGUGCAUGGAUGCAUUUUUACGAGUGCUAACGUCCAUUCCUGGUAUUGACAGUCAUGAUGCAAAUGCGCUUGCCCAAGCUAUUGGCUCCAUUGAAGCAAUUGCAAAGGCAUCCAAGGAAUUCAUCCUGGAAAACACUGAUCUUUCGACUGAAAAGGCACAGAGGAUUUUCAGGUUCUUCAGGGAUCCACAGUACUACUUAAGCCCUAAAAUCAACUAAUAUUUGCAGGUAUUCUUCUCCCCCACAGGAAAUAUGUAGUGAUUGGUUUACUCAAAGUAUGUGUCAAUCAUUUGGUAUUUGCUCUAUGAAACUGUCAGCCUACUGCCUUUCUUUGUUCUUAAUUUCUUAUUCCAUCAGUUGAUGUUUGGCGUGAGGAAUGCGCUAGCAUAAACAAACAUGAUUUAUUUUCUUGAAUUUGAUCUCGAAGUAGUAUAUGCUGAUAAGAACCUUAUGAUUUGCACACCAACUGGCACACCCACUAAAAGGUCAUGUCUGCUGAAAAUGAUGAACUUUUUCGAUUCCUUUGAUGCUCAAGUUUCAUGUGAUCUUGAAUGUUUCUACCGUUGGUAGAAAGAUUAGGAUCCCGUGAUGCUGAGCUGCUGAUACAGUCUCCUGAUUUGCAGGCAAAGUCAUACCGAUUGAUUCGAGUCCGUCCCUGUUGAAGCUGGCAAAUUAGUGUGGCGAUAGUUGGAUGCAUCCCGGGCAAGCUGUAAUUCUGCAAUAGCCAACUCGCGAUAUAGCGGAAGACGAAUGAUGAUGCCGCACUGUGACAGACACUGUAGAACUCGUGCAUUCUGUAGUUCUGAACUUUUGUUUCUGUGUAGCAUCCCAUCCCCGUUUCCUUCAUUAAAAGAAAAGAUGAUCUCUGUUUCUUGGGUUUGGAACCGUUUCGUUCCAAAGCGGUUGGGAUCUGAUGCCGCGUGGGACGGUGACAAAAACUGAUGGGCAGGCAGUUUUGCCCUUGAUCACAGAACAAAAAGGAAUACAAACACGGGCAUCACCACCU